UAUCGCGAGCUGUUCUCACUGUCGACUUCAAACAGAAAAUUCAGUUCCAUAUUCACCGGCGGCGGCGUCAACGUCUACAAUCCGAACAUCAUACCACAUCCCACAGAUCACAAUCUAUGGAUCAUGAUUGCCCAACACGAACAAAGCGGGCAGGAUAUAUCUGUUUCAGAAGAGAUGACAUGCAACGUCGGUCUGUUGGACGGAACUAUGGUCUGCACAGCUGAGCCGACCGUUCUUCCCAUCGAGCCCUCGAUUGCAGGAAACUGCACAGAAGAAUUCGCAUACUUCAACUUCCGAUCGGGACCAAGAGAUGCCCGUAUGUACUACGGUCCCGAUGCACCAUACAUCAUGUAUGGCUCGCAGUCGUCUCACUCUUGCAUCGGUAUCUGGAUGGAAGAUGCUCGUAUGUUGCUUGACGACUUCAAUGCCGAGAGAUCCGUUGUACCAAAGCUUUUCACUCAUGCUACAGAAGUUCAAAGACCGCCACCCGUGCGUGGCAUGGAGAAGAACUUCUUUCUCUUCUGGGACGGCGAGAACAAAGCAUACGCGCACCAUGACAUAUUUCCACACAGAGUGUUUGCCCAGCUAUCGUUUGACGGCUCUGUUGGGCCAGACCUUGCUGUCAAUUCGGCUAGCAAGGAUGAUGUGUGUCUGACUACGUAUAUGCCACCCUUGACUCCGACGGACGAGUCCAUCCACCAGGCAACAAACUCACUGUCUAUCACACUCUGCAAGCGCGCGGACGUUGGGUGCAUUCCGAACGACUCGAAUACUUUCAUCUUUACGAUCUUCCACCACAAGUCCUAUCACGACUGGCAUGGAGUCUAUGAGCCCUAUGUGAUGGCUUUCCAACGUAAUGCGCCUUUUGCCAUCUAUGCGAUCUCGCAACGGCCCCUGUGGAUCCACGGGCGUGCCGCUUUGACCAAGGACACGCAUUCGCUACUGUACGAGAAUGACCCCAGCAAAGAGAUUCCCGAUGGGCACACUGAGAUGUUCUACGUGACUAGCAUCAGUUGGAAGACACACGGACAGAAGUAUCACGGAUAUCUAGACGAUCCUUUGUUCCUGGCGUUUGGUAUUGAGGAUACUAGAGCGGGAUUGAUUGAUGUUUUGGCUGAAGACCUGUUCCAGGAUCUAGGCCUCUGC